AUGUCUCCACUCCUGAGGUUCACCUCACUCCUCUUCCUCGUCCACUCGGCCGCCGCCGGCGACACCAGGCGGGCGCUGCACGAGCCGCUCUUCCCCAUCGAAUGGACCCCGCCGCCGUCCACCACGGCGCCGCCAGCACCGGGAUUCGCCUCCGAUCCCUCCACGCCCGUCCCACCCAUCGACAACGGCGGGCCGGCGCUGCUCCCCGCUCCGCCGCCACCGAACACCGUCACCGCGGACGCCUCUUCGUCCCGCACGGGCCCGGCCCCGCGCCUCCACGGCGGCAGCGGCGGGACGCCCAAGGCCGCCAUUGUCGUCGCCUCCGCCGCCGCCGCGGCCGUCCUCGCGCUGCUCGCCUUCGCCGCCGCGUUUCUCCUCACGGGCCGUCUCGCGCGGCGGCACCCCGCGUGGGCGAACAAACCCCCCGGCCUCGCCGCCGCCGCCCACCCUGGGCCUGCCUCCGCGGUCGUGCUGCAUGCCGACGCGGUGGGCACCUCCGCUGCGGCGGCGGCGGCCUCGUCGUCGGGUGCCGGUGCCACACCGUACCGGAAGGUCCGCUCGGAGCGCGCCAGGCGGGGCAUGUGCCGCGACGUCGACACCGUCCCGAGCCCGGAGCUCAGGCCGCUCCCGCCGCUUCGGCGCGCGGCGUCGUCCGACGAGGACGCCGCGUACUACACGCCGGGCCAGCGCUCGGCGGGGUCCGUCGGCGGCGAGGGCGCCGGGACGUGGAGCGAGGCGAGCGCUUCCAGCCCACGGACCACCACUCCCUCCCGCCGCAGCCUCCCCAGCCUCACCAGCGAUUUCUUCCCACCGACGCCGGCCGCCGCCGUUCCAGCUGCAACCGUGGCGCCUCCUCCGCCCGCACCUCCUGCGCCACGCUCCCGACGCACUCUGCCGCGGACCCGCUUCUCCGCCGGCUCCGCCUCGGAUAUGAUCAAGCAAAUGGUCUCGCCACCCUCCAACCCACCUCCUCCACCGCCGCCGCCGCCGCCGCCAGCGCCAAGAUGCACCAACGCGAUCCCAAAACCUCCGCCACCACCACCGGGGCCAUCCGCUGCACCAUUAUCAACGCGCCAGCUUCACAAACCAGAGCAAACAGAGGGGCCAAGUGUCGCUGCGCCGAGAACACCCGUCAUGGCGGUGAACAAGGACAAUGACGGCAUGCCAAUUCGGACGUACGAUGAUCCUGCCGGUGACGAAGCCCGUCCCAAGCUGAAGCCGCUGCACUGGGACAAGGUCCGGGCGUGCUCCGACCGCGACAUGGUCUGGGACCGGCUCAAGUCCAACUCAUUCCAGUUAAGAUACAUUCUCAGAGUUUCUUCGUUCCCUAGCUUAGCCUCCUUCCCCCUCACUCUUAGGUUGGAUGAGGACAUGAUCGAGGUGCUUUUCACGAACAAUGCUGCAAAUGCACCUCCUAGGGACACACUGAAAAAACCUGAAGUGCCGCAGUGUAGUGCCCAAGAGAAGGUCCUUGAUCCUAAGAAGGCACAGAACAUUGCCAUCCUGCUGCGCGCACUGAAUGUCACUCUGGAAGAGGUCUCCGAUGCACUGCUAGAUGGCAAUGCUGAAUGUCUGGGGGCGGAUUUGUUGGAAACCUUAGUAAAGAUGGCUCCUACAAAAGAGGAAGAACUGAAACUUCAAAACUUUACUGGGGACUUAUCAAAGCUUGGUUCCGCAGAGCGUUUUCUCAAGGCACUGCUUGAUAUCCCUUUCUCCUUCAAAAGAGUUGAUGCUAUGCUCUAUCGAGCAAAUUUUGAGAGCGAAAUUAAUUACCUCAGGAAAUCUUUCGAAACAUUAGAGGGAGCUUGUGAUGAUUUAAAAGGCAGUAGAUUGUUCCUGAAGCUACUUGAAGCUGUCCUGCAAGCUGGGAACCGAAUGAAUGUUGGCACAAACCGUGGUCAGGCAAAAGCUUUCAAGCUGGACACUCUACUCAAACUCGCAGACGUCAAAGGGACCGAUGGCAAAACCACCUUGCUACACUUUGUUGUCCAAGAAAUCGUCCGGUCUGAAGACGCAAAAUCCGAGAAAGCCGUAGAAGAUGAGGGGCCAGAAAUAUCGUGA